AUGUGCGUACAAACCUAUGACAUGUGGACAAUGUGCAACUGCAUUCAUUUCGGACGAAUUGAACGUUGUGAAGAGUUCGGCAUGCCAUUUUCCCAACGAGAACGAUGUACAGGACGUGUUCUACGAGCCCUCAAUGUCGGCAUCAUUGGAAUUCCCGAAGACCGGCUUCAUCAAAAGGCUGGAAUGUGCUCAGGGUGCUCUGAGAAGUUGAAUCGAGAGAUGUGGGCGCUUCGUUGGGAAUGGACGUCUCGUCAGAGUGAAGAGUGGGCGGCGAAGCAGAAAGGUGAGAAUUAA